GUUGUUUGAUAUGCUAGCAGGCGGGGCAUGAUUGUGUGUUGUGGUUAUCACUUGUCAAAGUUGCGGAAAUAACGCUAUAAAUAUUCAGUUAUUAUUAUUAUUAAUAUUAGUUACCUUUUGCUGUCAAAUUUCUCCCCGAGAGACGCCGACAUGGGAAACAUUUACACGGUGGGACCAAACAAAGCCCUUAUAGUUUCAGGUGGAUGUUGGGGUUCAACAAAGAAAAAAACAAUAGUCGGAGGAUGGGCAUGGGCCUGGUGGCUUGUAACAGAUGUACAAUACAUUUCACUGGAGGUCAUGACCUUAAAUCCUGUGUGCGAGAUGGUUGAAACGUCUCAAGGUGUUCCACUGACAGUAACAGGAGUAGCACAGUGUAAGGUGAUGAAAGCUGACGAACUGCUCCAGACAGCUUCGGAGCAGUUCCUUGGUAAAAGUGUCAAAGAAAUCAAAUCAACUAUUUUACAAACAUUGGAAGGCCACUUAAGAGCGAUCCUUGGUACUCUUACAGUUGAAGAAGUUUACAAAGAUAGAGAUCAGUUUGCAGCUUUAGUUAGAGAAGUUGCUGCUCCAGAUGUCGGACGUAUGGGGAUUGAAAUCCUUUCCUUUACAAUUAAAGAUGUUUAUGACGAUGUCCAAUAUUUAUCAUCGCUCGGAAAAUCACAAACUGCUGCAGUGAAAAGAGAUGCUGAUAUCGGAGUGGCUCAAGCAAAUAGAGAUGCUGGAAUAAGAGAAGCAGAAUGUGAAAAAGCUGCUAUGGACAUUAAAUUCAACACUGAUACAAAAAUAGAAGAUAAUGCAAGGAUGUAUAAGCUACAAAAAGCAAACUUUGAUAAAGAAAUCAACACAGUUAAAGCUGAAGCCCAGUUGGCUUAUGAAUUGCAAGCUGCCAAAAUUCGACAAAAAAUUCGUAAUGAGGAAAUUCAGAUUGAUGUGGUCGAAAGAAGAAAACAGAUUGAAGUUGAAGACCAAGAGGUGGUUAGAAAAGAAUUAGAAUUAAAUGCGACAGUAAGGUUACCUGCAGAGGCCGAGAGCUACAGAGUUCAAACAAUAGCGGAAGGGAAAAGAACUCAGGCUGUUGAAAUAGCCAAAGCAGAAGGUGAAAAAAUUAAAAAAAUUGGCAUUGCAGAAGCCCAGGUGAUUGAGUGUAUCGGGAAAGCAGAUGCAGACAGAAUGAAAAUGAAAGCAAUCGUUUAUAAAGAUUAUGGCGAUGCUGCUAUAAUGUCUCUUGUUCUAGAUGCUUUACCAAAGAUCGCUGCUGAAGUUAGUGCGCCGCUUGCGAAAACUGAAGAAAUCGUAAUGCUUGGAGGGAGUGAUCAUUUAACUGGUGAAGUUACACGUUUGGUUGGCCAGAUACCUCCUGCUGUCAACGCUCUCACUGGAGUUGAUAUAUCUAAAAUUAUAAACAAAGUAACUUGCAGUAACUAAUUGUACUACUGACAACACAAGGUUAUUUUCUAUAAUCAAUUAUUUAUACAAUUAUAAUUCUUUCAGAGGACUUUUUCACUAAAAUGUACUGUCUUUGUGUCCCAUAAUGUAAAUUAUUGUAGGCUGCAAUUUGCAGUCUUAAGGUUGCUUCAAAUUUAAAAAGUUUGUUGUGUUGGACAUGUGUGUGUUGUUUUAACAUUGUAGCAAUUGUCUUUUGUAAUAAGUUCAACAAAUAAAAAAAUUGUGCCAUUUUGUGACCUUAUUAUCUCAUAAAAACAAUAAAAGUAAGCUUUGCUAAAUGUA